ACCCCUUCUUUUUUUUCUCACAUUCAAACCCUCAACUCCCUCUCCUCUUUCUCUCUCUUCACCUUGAGAUCUAUCUAAUCUCAACCCUUUUCUCUCUCCUCUUUCUGCCAUGGCAGGACCUUCUGUUCCUGCAACUCCUCUUCUCAAAGAUGAGCUUGAUAUCGUUAUACCCACGAUCAGAAACCUUGAUUUUCUCGAGAUGUGGAGACCUUUUUUUGAACCUUACCACUUGAUUAUUGUUCAGGAUGGAGAUCCUUCUAGAACCAUCAACGUUCCUGAAGGUUUUGAUUAUGAACUUUAUAAUAGAAACGAUAUUAAUAGGAUUCUGGGUCCUAAAGCUUCUUGCAUUUCAUUCAAGGAUUCUGCUUGUAGGUGUUUUGGUUACAUGGUUUCUAAGAAGAAGUACAUCUACACCAUUGAUGAUGAUUGCUUUGUUGCCAAGGAUCCAUCUGGAAAAGACAUUAAUGCACUUGAGCAACACAUCAAGAACCUUCUUUGUCCAUCAACCCCAUUUUUCUUCAACACCCUCUACGACCCAUACAGGGAAGGUGCUGAUUUCGUCCGUGGAUACCCCUUCAGCCUACGUGAAGGUGCCAAAACCGCUGUUUCCCACGGUCUUUGGUUGAAUGUCCCUGAUUACGAUGCACCCACCCAGCUUGUGAAGCCUCUCGAGAGGAACACCAGGUAUGUUGAUGCUGUUCUGACCAUCCCCAAGGGAACCCUCUUCCCCCUUUGUGGGAUGAAUUUGGCUUUUGAUCGUGAGCUCAUUGGCCCUGCUAUGUACUUUGGACUCAUGGGUGAUGGCCAGCCUAUUGGCCGUUACGACGACAUGUGGGCUGGCUGGUGCACCAAGGUUAUAUGUGACCACCUAGGGCUGGGAGUGAAGACUGGAUUACCCUACAUUUAUCAUAGCAAAGCUAGCAACCCAUUUGUGAACCUGAAGAAGGAAUACAAGGGUAUCUUCUGGCAAGAAGAGUGCAUCCCGUUUUUCCAGAAUGCAACACUGCCAAAGGACUGCACCACUGUCCAAAAAUGUUACCUGGAGCUCUCCAAGCAAGUGAAGGAGAAGCUCGGGAAGGUGGACGAGUACUUUAUCAAGCUGGCUGAUGCUAUGGUCACUUGGAUUGAGGCUUGGGAUGAGUUGAAUGGAGGAGCUCCAGCUGCUGAUGCCAAUGGCAGCUCUUAAGAAGAGCAUUUACAGUGGUUAAAGGGGCAGGCCUUGUAUCGUGCCGGCCAUUCGUUUUCUCUUUUCAUUCAAGCUUUGAUCUUGGUGGUUGCUUGGAGGCUUAGGGGUUAUUCGUUUCAGGCAGAGAUAUAGGAUUUCAUUACUGUGUUAUUUAUUUUUAACUCGGGAGUUUCGUAGCUUGGAGCCCCGUUACUAUCCUAAAUUCCUAAUUAUGUGUCGAUUAGAGUGAGAAUUUGUUGUUAUUUUUCGGAAUUUUAUAUUUUAGAUGCUACUAUUUAUUAUUCA